AUGGCUCCCAAGAGCAAAGGCGAGAACACGAAAAAGGCGGCGGGCAACGCAAAGAAGGCCGAAGCCGCGGCGCAGAAGGACGCGGUGGCCAACGCGAAGAAGGCAGCAGACGAGUCGAAGCAGUGGGAGAAGGGUGCGAAAGACACCAGCAAAGCAGAAGCCGCGGCAGCUAAAGCGGAGGAGGCAGCGCGCAAGAAGGCGGAGAAGGACGCUCUUCUGAAAGAGGAAGAGGCGGCUUUGCCCAGCAAAGCAGGGGGCAAGAAGCCGCCGGUAAAGAAGGCAAAGGGCCUCGAUCUCUCCGGGCUCGAUGCGCCGUCGUCGAAGAAGGAGCUCGCCGCACUCAACGCCACCGGCAUCGACAAUGCCCUUGAUGCACUCUCCUUGACCUCGAACAACACCGACAAGCUAGACCGACAUCCGGAGAGACGGUUCAAAGCAGCCUACAAGGCCUACGAAGAACAGCGACUAGAGGAGAUGAAAAGUGAUACGGGGUUGAGACGGCAGCAGAAGAUCGAGCUCAUCUACGAAGAAUUCAAGAAGAGCGAUCAGAACCCGUUCAACCAGGUCAGCGGAAGUUUCAACAUGAGCAAGGAGGAGAUGAAUACUUUGAAAGAUAGUGAGAGGGAGAAGAAGGAGGCAUUGUUGAGCGGGAAAUAA